AUGAAUAACAAAGUAUAUUAUUCUCCAACAAAGAAGGCAAAGUCUCCUACAAAGCCAUGAAAUUUUAAAAGAAGAGCUCAGUCAGAGCUGAGAAACUUAGAGGUAAUUCUUAAUAAAUCUAUCGAUAGCCUUGAAAAGAAGGGUCACAGAAGAUUAUCUCAAAAAAAUCCCUUACUAAAAAAUAGAUUUAGCCCAAAAGAAAAUAUUUGAGAAGCAGUUAAGCAUAGAAUAGUCAAAAAAAGAUCAAAAAGCCAAGCUUCUCAUUGAAGCCCUUAUAGAGAAUACAAAAGCCAAACAAACUUAGCUGCAUCAUGAGAUGGGAGUUUACAAAAGGACAAAAAGAAAACAAUGAGGAAUAAAAUUAGCAAAAUAAUCGAUAACGCAAAAGAUAAGAAAAAGAGAUUUUAUGAUUCUUUUCAAAUUAAGCCAGAAAGAAGCUUAAUUAUUUCUAAAACUUUGAUCAGAGAUAAAGUUCACGAUCCAAUAACUGGGAUUAUAAAAGAAUACAAAAUUGAUAGAGCUAGGAUUUUUUCUUUAGGGAAUAAAAAACCAAUAUCUAUAACUGGGAAAAUUAAUGAAUUUUCUCCUCCAAGAUAUUCAUAUUUAAGUACUCGAAAUGAUAAAUGCCACCAAAAAGCGAUAAAUCCUCUGACAGGAGAAACCAAAGAAAGCUUCCAUCCUCGCUCUAUUUCUUAUCAUAAUCAUCAAUUUUAUACACCUAAAUCAGCAUCUUCUGCUUCAUAUACCAAUCUUAAGCUCAAGGCAUUACCUGAGUACACUUCUUUAUUUAACUCGCAAAAAAUUUAUAAGGGAAUGGGAAUUCACUUACAAAAAUCAAGCAUAUUUUAA